ACAUGCUACUGUGACAAUGUCAAGACGUGUGAAGGCACCAGACUGAGGGCACUGACUCGGGAGGCGCAUGCGAGAAGAAAAAUCCCAAACAUUGUUUCGUUGACGUUUACGGUGUGGGUAUAGAUUUCCAUGUUGUGUGCAGCUUAGUUGGAGGCUUUGGCGACUGAGUUGCAGGAUGCAGAGCGUGGCAUAACACUGCGUACACAAAAGCAGUUCCUGUCGACAAUGACAGACGUCUUCCAAGCGAGCGAGCUUGUGUCCUGGCUGAUGCGGCGGCUUGAAAUCGAGGAGAGAGUCGAGGCUGUUACCAUUGCGUCUGUUAUCAGCAAGUGGGGCUUUGUUUUCGCCGCUGACAACAGCAGCAAUUCGCUGAAGGACGAUGGCACGUGGCUGAGGCUUCAGAGUCAUCAUUUUUGGCCUUCACAGAGCGGGUAUCCUGAUAGUAGAGAUUAUGCAAUAUAUCUGGCAAAGAGAGCCAUGAGAUCUAAAGCCAAUCAUGCCUUGGCGGACUAUGAAGCAGAAGCUUUGGAGCAACUUCACCAUCUUAUGGAUGACAGGUGGGAACUGGUAAUUGAACAAGCAAGGGCCCAGUUGAGUCAAUUGAGAAUUAACAAGAAAAAAGAUAAGCAAAUGGUUGAUAGUCAAGAGAGAGCCUUCUGGAGAGUUCAUAGACCACUGCCUGGGCAACUACGAGUGGUAGAGCUAAGUAAGAUGAAGAUGGCAGUUGCAAUCAGAGAACCUCGAGGAUAUAGGCUAUUUCCUUCAGGCAAAGAAGAUGCUGAGAUUGAGUACUACAAGUCUAGAUUGGUUCAUUCAAUUGUGAGGACACAGAGACAGUGCGAGAGUUUGAUUGCCUAUGCACAGAACUACAAGACCUACGAUCCGUGCUUUACUACUCCCACACCUAGCAAUCCAUGGAUCACAGAUGACAGUGAACUAUGGAAUUUAGAAUGUGUGAGGCUAGAUUAUGUAGAUAAAAGGAGGGCUUUCAGAUGGAGUUUACAUCUGUCUGAAUUGUUACGUGAUGACACUGGACAACAUGCGUUCUCAUUAUUUCUAGACAAAGAAUUUUGUACAGAGAAUCUAAAGUUCUUGAUAGAAUGUUAUCGGUUUAAGAGGGCUCCAACAUCGGAGAUACCCGAAGCAUCUGAGGCAAUUUUCAAGGAGUUUAUUGCAUUUGACAGUCCCAGUAGCAUAAAUAUAGAUGCUCAAACGUAUGAUGCAAUCAAGGAAGCAACUAUGAAUCCAACACGUUACAUGUUUGAGGCAGCACAGUCGCACAUCUACCAGCUGAUGGAGAAAGGUCCAUAUGUUCGAUUCUUGCAGUCAGAUGCAUAUAAGAAGCUAAUGCAGCAGAGUCCAGUGCAAUCAAGGAAAGGGUUUCUUGGUAUUCCUUCUUUGCCAACUUUUAAGACUCGGUCUGGAUCUCCUAAACCUCGCCGAUCACCAAGAGCUUCGCCUGCGAACACACCACCGAUUACUCCUCCUAUAGAACGAAAACAAACUUUCAGUUCUGGCAUGCAGGCCAGCAAUUUUGGUCAGGAUGAUUUUGUGAUGGAACUGGUAGCUGGUGCCAGCUCGGAGGCAAGAAACAAUACACUGAGAGCAUCUGAUAGAAACUUGCCCCUCUCUACUCUGUCACCACAGGGAUUGAUUGAUGCCAUGACAAAGGGAUUGGGAAGGACUUCUCCUGGUAGUUUAUCGACGUCUUCUAGCUCUGCUGGAGAAAUGCUUGGAGGGCACUCACCUGUUAUACGUCAUUCAUCACUCUCUCCAACAGAUGCACAGAUGCUUUGACUUUGAAGUUAGAGUCCAAGUUACUACAGCAGCACUCAUGCAGUUUUGAGUGCAACGGAAUGAAGAUGAUUAUAUCUAGACUUUGUA